CUCAGCCCGAAGCUAAGAAUGCAUCUACAAAGAUGCCCACAGCUGGGCUGAAGGCAAAUAUUUAGAAGAAGUGAUUCCACUUGUAUCUAGAGAUGGCAUCUAAGGGCCCCAAGAUGGAGCUGACAGAACCCCCACCAGACACAGCGGUGCAGAAGGAGGAACAGGAAUUGUUGGAUCGGGCUUUCUUCUCUUGGGCUGAGUUCAGCCGAUUCUUCGACAAAUGGUGCCAGCAGCGACUGGUGGUCUUCUCAGUGAAGAGCUCCACCCAUGUGGCCCGGAGCCCCUGGGCUAGCACGCCCCCGCUCUACAGGCUCAUCCACGUGCUCAAGUACAGCUACGUACUGCUGGUGUGCAAGGAUGUGCGCGUGCCCAACCAGUCCCCAGCGUGGUGCGUGAGCCUGAGCUCUGACCCUGGAGGGGGAGGGGAGCAAGGGGUGAGCCAGACAGAGCUUCCCACCCACACACCCAGUAUCAGGGAGAGAAGCCCACUGUCUCCACCAAGUACAGAGAGGCCAAGCAGGACAGAUUCAAGGAAGGACACUUGUGGCAUCAAAAAUAGCCCCCAAGACAGCUGGCUGGAGCUCCCAGAGAACGGAGAGCAGAGGGGCCCCCAGUGGGGCGGUGAGGGGCAAAAAGAGCUGGAGAUUGCAGAGGAGAAAGACGGGAGGUUUCCAGUCAAAAGGAGACGGGGCCUCGAGGACAUCGUUGUGGUUCAUUUGGAGGGUGCAAGAGCUGCAGGCAUAGCAAAUGGGGGUGAAGGGGGACCCCAAACUGUGAGCUCCAAAAAUGGAGGACAGCAGAUGGAAUUUGGGGACCCAGAGGGGAGGCUUCCAGGGCUGGGGAAUGGGGUGCUAUGCACCGCCCCUGUGCGGACUGUGUUGGAGGGCAAUCCAGAAUGGGCAGUGGCAAGGGUCGAGUCCCUGGCCACAGGGGAGAUAGUAAAAGGAGGAGGUGAAGAAGGCCCAGGGGAACCAAAGAGGCUUUGCCCCCCCUGCAGAGAUGAGGGGGUGGACUGCGAGCCACGCCCCAAGUUCCGAGCAGCCUGUGGGCCAGAGCUGGCAGACCUAGUGGCCGAGGAGCUGGCCUUUGCCAGGCAGCACGGGACCCGAGGUUUCCACUGGACCGGAGCGGGCUUUGCGCUUAAGGAUGGCACCUCAGACUUCUUCUUGGAUGGGGCCCUGACACACUGCAGCUGCUCAAUCCAUGCUGCCAGACGCCUGCCCUGCAGACACCUCUUUGCUGCGCGUCUCCUCACAGGGGCAGCCUUGUUCCACAUGGACCUGCUCAGAGAUUGCUGGGGGAGAUCCCAGGAACCCUGACCCUGUGCACUUCUGCCUGCUACCCUCCACAUGGAGGGCAGAAACAUAUUCUUUGAUCCCAAAGAUAAUAGGGCUCAGGCACAAUGGGCCACCCCAGCCCUUCUAAUCACCUGAGUCAUCGAAGGACCUCCUCCUGGCCCUCUUCCUCUAUAUCCUAGAGGAUGCUGGCUAUGGUCUCUCGAGGAGCCACACCCGUGGGCUGUGCUGACGGCCAGGGCACAGUGAAAGGACAUUGCUCUGGAGAAGAAAUGCGUGGGGAGAGGUGUAGACAGGAUCAGCCAAGACAGAAGACAAGAAAAGGACAGUGCCGGGGCAGGGGGAGGCUCAGUGGAGGUUACAAAAAGAAGCCAAGGUAUGGGGACACUGACAGAAGUAAAGACUGGGAGCCCUGGGGACUAUGAGAUUGAAAGGGGGGAAUCCAGGGAGAGCGAACAAGGCUGAAAGAGGAGAGGAGAAAAGAAGGGGGGGCUUCCGAAGGAGAAGUGGGGAAAGAUAGGAGAAGGGAGGGCAAGAGAUGGGACCAGGGGAAGUGAAGCCCUGGGGAAGAGAGGGUGGUAAGGGGAGGAGACAAUUUUCAAAGGACAUAGGGAGAGAAAAGAUGAUAGGAUGACCUGGGGACCUGGCCAUUUCUCAGGGUGGGGCAGGGAAAUGGCCCUGAAGAUCUAGUGGGACAACCUAAAGACUGCCUCAGAGGGAAGGGAACUAACUGAACGCCUGUGUUUUGAGAUUGAAAUAAACAGCAUUAUUUUGGUCUCCA